AUGGAACAGAAAAACAACUUCAGAGUUGUAAUCGGAGGUAGUGGUCUUGCUGGCCUCGCGCUGGCGAACAUGCUGCAGCUUUACGGCAUAGACUUUGUCUUGCUUGAAGCAAAGCCGGAGAUCAUUCCGAAAGAAGGCACUGGGUCUACACUUCUGCCCCAUGCGACGCGGAUCCUUGAUCAACUUGGUUUACACGGGUAUCCAAUUCUGUGCUUGGACAUCCAGGGUCUUCUACAGACUUUGUAUGAUAAUAUUCAGGACAAGAGGAACAUCAUCACCGAGAAGGAGAUUCAGCAUAUCCGCGUAUCUCAGGGAGGUGUCAUCGUCCGAACCGCCGAUGGAUCGUCCUACAAUGGUGACGUCAUUGUUGGCACAGAUGGAAGCGAAAGUACCAUCAAAGACGAGAUGUUGCGGAUUAGGAACGAGGUGUCGCCUGAGCGGUUCUCAGACGAGCAAAACAGGGCAUCAGAGCCUUGCGAAGGUGUUGAACUCGGAAUAAGAACGUCAGUACUUGGCGACCACGGAGCCCUGAUUGUCGAUUGCGGCCCUGAGGGCCGUCUGCACUGGCACUCUUUCAUCAGGCUCGGGAGCUUGACUGGCAAGAUCAAGGGCCCGUAUUUGUCUGAAAAGGCCAGGAAAGAGGCUCUUCGUAUCAUUGGACAUGACAAAAUCACGCCGGAUAUAAGCUUCCAGCAGGUUCUUGACCGCACGAUUUUAUCCACUGCGACAUCCUCAAAGGACUACGUUUCCGGCACCGACUUUCACCAGCGCAUCAUCACACUAGGGGAAGUUGCACACAAGAUGCUUCCUAUUACUGGCUUUGGUGAAGGUGCCUGCAUUGAGUUUGGAGCAAUUCUGGCCAACGCGCUUCGUGAUAUCCAAACCUCCUCACGAGGCCGCAAGCCUACACUCGUGCAAAUUGAACACUCGUUAGCUGCAGCUAAGAUAAACUGUCUGAAGAAGUUGAAGCAACUGAAGGAGCAUGUACCUAGUCAUGAGCAGUCAUAUGGCUUCGCCACACCUCUCUAUCGGUUUGCACCACUGCAAGUUCCACAGGCAGUCAUCGAUGAUUCCAUGAUCUACAGCCUUUCUCACAGCAUCCAGCUCGCGGAGGGGCUACAUGAUGCAAAACCAGCUUCAAGACCACGGCUUGUCCCAUACAAGGAUGAGCUGCUUAGAGCCCCGAAGGCAUCCGGCAUACAGAAGUGGUAUUGGAUAGCCAUCUACGUGCUCAUUGCUGGCAUUUGCUAUCAUGGAAUGUGGGUGCAGCCUGGGUGGUUUGGUCUCUGGGAACAUCUCAGUACUAUCCUCGAGACCGGAGAAUUUCCUUACAGCUCCGGCUUCCCUCUCAAACGCGUCUACACUGGCAACAAGACGAUCGAUAACAUAUUCAUAUACUUGGCAGCAGUCUUUAUGUCGGGGCUGAAGGACUGGAAUCCGUCGUUUCGGUUCCUGAAUCUCUAUUUCGAGGGGAGUCUGGUUCAGCACCUUGCGGUCUGGACAACCGAGGCAUACCGUAGAGGAAACCAAUAUACGCUUCUAGCGAUAGUUCCUGUCUGGUUCGCACUCUCCCAAUUUGCUGGCACGGGAAUUUACAUGCCGUUGUACUAUGCAGUCUACACCUUCGUGUCCGCACCCGAAAGCUACUGGUGGCCGCUUCAUCGUGAGGUCCCACUCAAGUAUGCACAAUCGUUGCUGUGGGCAGUUCUUGUCGGGUUCGGGUUGCCGACAGUUGCAUUAUUCAUCCGCUGGGAAGAUCCGUUCACCCUGCAAAACGUCAACGCCAUCUGGCAACUGUCGCCAGUGUAUGUUCCCCUUCUCUGCACUACACUCGCCUACUUGGAUCCACAUCCAAAGACGAGACCAAAUCAGUGGUCUCAGGAGCCGCUUGGGAUAAUGCCUGAUAUUCGACAUCUCAAACGCCUUUAUCUCAUUACUGGCAUUAUCGGAUUGACCUUUCACGUCUCAUGCUUUGUAAAAGUCAUACUCGACCCCAUCCUGACCUUGUCCUCUGUCUUUCUGCCUGAUUUCGCCCCAGGACAGCGAAGCUUGGGCGAGGCCGUCAAGUACAUGUUCCUUAUUGACAUCUGGGCGAUGGACGUGGCCACCUAUAUUUGGACGUGCCAAGCUGUCUGGGACUUAAAGCGCGUCGGCCGCACAGAUGCAAACGUCCUGAAAGCUGCGGCUCUCAUUGCCGCAGGCAAUGUCAUUCUCGGGCCUGGUGCCACUUUAUGCGCCGUAUGGUAUUGGAGGGAGGACCAGCUUGCUCGGUUGAACUUCAAAUGA